AGGUUUCCGGAUGCCGCAUCGAAAGUGAAAGUAGACUGGAGAGUACACGACGCGAUGCCGCACGACUACUACGAGUAUCUUUUUGCUGGGAUAGUACUUUUCUGUUCUUUAUGUGUAUUUUACCUUUCACAUAAAUUUUGGUCAUAUAAAAGAAAGUUGAUAUAUAGCAGUAGUGAAUUUUCAUCUUGCAUUAACCCUAAUUGUGUUAGAUGUAUCCGGUAUCGACAAGUUAUAGUGAGAGCUUGUGAGCGAUAUAAACAACUGUGCAAACUUCAGACAGAAUUCGUAGGUUGGACACAAAGAAUAGAAAAAUCUCUGCAAAUUAAUUCGAAACAUAACUCAAGUGGAAAUAUGUCAGAUGACAGGGGUUCAAAUCCUCAGGUUUUCGAUCUAAAAGAUCUAAACUCUGAAGAGUUUUACAACCCAUAUUCAUGUGAAAAGUUAGCAGAUGAUGUUAAAAUGUUAGAAGGGAAAAAGGAAACAAUUUUUUCAGAUUUUCUGACAGUAAAUGAGCCAGAGUAUCAGCAUCUCUGGUUGAAGAAUGACACCCCAAAUGGGCACUGGCGUGUAUUUCAUCUCAUUAACCAAGGGAAAGUGGUGGAAAAUAAUGUUACAUUAUGUGAAAGAACAUUUGCCCUGCUAUCCAAUUUAAAGAAUGUAAUGAAUAGGAAUGUGUUUGGAAAUGUGCUGUUUUCUGUGGUCAACCCAGGAACAACAAUAUCUAGACACUAUGGACCAACCAAUAUCCGAAUUAGAUGCCAUUUAGGGCUAGUAACUGUUGAUAAGUGUUCUCUGACAGUGUCUGGGCAACAGAGAAAAUGGGAGAAGGGAGAAUGUUUGUUGUUCAAUGACUCUUUUGCCCAUGAAGUCCAUCACAAGGGUGGAGAGGAGGAUGGUUCUCGGUGUGUGUUUAUUGUGGAUCUCUGGCACCCAGACAUAACACAUCAAGAGAGGAAUGCAAUAGACUACAUAUUUUCUCCUGUAAACAAGUAGCACUUCUAUAUAAGGAACAUGUACUUUCAAAUGUUGUCCUGUGAUGUAAGAACUUGAAUAAACAAUAUUGUCAUAAAAA